CAGCAACUUGUGGCGCCCAGGCCCCGGUGGCCACGUGACGGCUGCGAGUGGACGGCCAGCCCGCCCGCCUGCCCAAAGGCCGGGGGCAGGGUAGAGCUUUGAGCGUGUUCGCCCGCUACAGCUGCACGGCUCCGCUCAGCCGAUUCUUCUUAAACGCUUGUCCGAGCGUGCUGGAUUGAAGUCCCAGGUCUUCACGUGGAUGCUGAGCUCGUGAAGCAUCGUCCCCACGCAUUCGAGGCAGAUCUUGCCUGGGUCAGGCUUUGAGAACAAAAAAAAAAUCUUGUCGGUGUGGCCCAGGAGCUUGGCGAGCUGGACUGUCCCGGGUGAGAGGAGGAAGCGGCAUUGGAGGAGUGUGAAGAACAGAACACACAUCACAGCUUGCUGGGUACUACUCAGGUGGCAGACUUCUCACUUUUACAAAGGAGGGGAAGAUCUAUGGCUCUUGAAAGUACAAUCAGGCUCACUACCAUGAUCAGCCUGUCUCUCAUUUGAAGCCCUAAUAGGAUUGCUUUUACCCCCUUUGGUUUUAAAUCUAUUUCUGUAAAAUGGAAAUAAUUGGGUAGUGUCUUAUAAGCAGGGGAACUACACUAAAGAAACAGAGGAGAGGCUGCAUAACACAAGUGGGUUUUUGAACAAGCAUUUUACAAUGGAUAUGAGCACUACUUUCUCUUCUGGUGAAGUUACAAAACUGCUCUGAAACAACUGAGGUACUGGAAGUAUUUCCACUGAUUACUGCAAGUUUGAAUCAGACUGUAAGAACAUAGAUGGGAACCUUUUCUUUCCUGUGGCAGUGAGAUGCUCUACGCUUUUGAUAAAUGGACACUGACAUGGACUACGAAAGACCCAACAUUGAAACCAUAAAAUGUGUGGUGGUUGGUGAUAAUGCAGUGGGAAAGACUCGCUUAAUUUGUGCAAGAGCAUGCAAUACAACCUUGACACAGUACCAGCUGUUGGCAACUCAUGUACCAACUGUCUGGGCAAUUGAUCAGUACCGCGUCUGCCAAGAGGUCCUUGAACGUUCACGGGAUGUUGUUGAUGAAGUAAGUGUUUCCCUCAGGCUCUGGGAUACAUUCGGUGACCACCACAAAGACAGACGUUUUGCUUAUGGAAGGUCUGAUGUAGUUGUUCUGUGUUUUUCAAUUGCUAAUCCUAAUUCUCUGAACCAUGUGAAAACAACGUGGUAUCAAGAAAUCAAGCACUUCUGUCCUCGCACACCUGUUAUACUGGUUGGCUGCCAGCUAGAUCUCCGUUAUGCUGAUCUUGAAGCUGUUAAUAGAGCCAGACGGCCUUUAGCAAGGCCUAUAAAAAGGGGAGACAUUUUACCACCAGAAAGAGGCAGAGAGGUUGCCAAGGAGCUUGGCAUCCCAUAUUAUGAAACCAGUGUAUUUGACCAGUUUGGAAUUAAGGAUGUUUUUGAUAAUGCGAUUAGAGCUGCACUGAUCUCCAGAAGACACCUGCAGUUCUGGAAAUCACAUUUGAAGAAGGUUAAAAAACCAUUACUUCAAGCUCCAUUCCUACCUCCCAAGGCACCUCCUCCAGUUAUCAAAAUCCCAGAGUGUCCUGUACCCAGUACGAAUGAAGCUGGAUAUUUAUUGGACAGUCCUUUGUGUGCAGAUGUCAUGUUUGUUCUCCAGGAGCAGAAUCACAUUUUUGCUCACAAGAUUUACCUAGCUACCUCCUCUUCAAAGUUUUAUGAUCUUUUUUUAAUGGAAUGUGAGGAAUCUCCGGGCUUAACUGAAAUGCAGUAUAAUAAGGAACACAUCAGUAGGGACUUCCUGUCUAGAAGAAAUGAUGACAGUGAUGAGGCAACCUUAAAAAUGUCUGAUGCCAAACUUCCAACACCAGAAAGUGAUGGCACUUUAAAGACGCUGGAAUUGAAAGCUGAAGACACUAGUUCUGCAACAAAAGCUUUGUCAUCAUGGGGUAAAGGGUUUGUUAGUAUGCAUAAAGAAAUUCAAGUCAACCCUAUCUCAAAUAGAAUGUGUCCUGUAACUGUGGUCAAAAUGGAUUCCUCUGUUCAGGCUGGGCCUUUUAAAACUGUUUUACAAUUUCUGUACACUGGGCAACUGAAUGAAAGUGAAAAAGAUCUAACAAAGCUAGCUCAGAUUGCUGAAAUCUUAGAAGUAUUUGAUUUACGGAUGAUGGUGGAAAAUAUUAUGAACAAAGAAGCCUUCAUGAAUCAAGAGAUUACUAAAGCAUUUCAUGUCAGGAAGGCUAAUCGAAUAAAAGAGUGCCUUUGCAAAGGGACAUUUUCUGAUGUGACUUUUAAGCUGGAUGAUGGAAGCAUAAAUGCCCAUAAGCCUCUACUGAUCUGUAGCUGUGAAUGGAUGUCUGCUAUGUUUGGAGGGUCGUUUGUUGAAAGUUCAAACAGUGAGGUUUUUCUUCUUACCAUAAACAAGACUUCUAUGCAGGCUGUCCUGGAUUAUCUGUAUACCAAGCAGUUAUCAUCAAGUCAGGAGUUGGACACACUUGAAUUAAUUGCAUUGGCAAACAGAUUUUGCCUUCCUCACUUGGUUGCACUUGCAGAACAGCAUGCUGUGCAGGAGCUGACAAAAGCAUCAAUGAAUGGCAUUGCAAUAGAUGGCGAUGUACUCUCCUAUUUGGAAUUUGCACAGUUCCACAAUGCUAAUCAGCUGGCUGCGUGGUGCUUAUACUACAUCUGCACCAAUUACAACAGUGUUUGCUCCAAAUUCCGUAAAGAAAUAAAAGCUAAAUCCGCAGAUAAUCAGGAAUAUUUUGAGAGACACCGCUGGCCACCUGUGUGGUACCUAAAAGAAGAGGAUCACUACCAGCGAGUUAAAAAGGAAAGAGAACAGGAAGAUACUGCACAGAAUAAACAUCAUUCAAAACGGAAGUGGUGCUUCCGGAAUUCCUCUGCUGUAGUUGCCUGAACAAAGAAAAUACAUGGAAACACUUAAAGUGUAAUUAUAUAAUUAUAACACUGCUCUAAUAUUAGUCUUAUUGUUAGAAAUAAGAUGUAGCUCAGGUUUCAGGCACUGACUUCAUUCCACGUGUGUGCAUUUAUUAUUGUUAGGAUCAAAAGCAUAAGCUUACCUAAAGUGAGCCUGGAAUAGCUCCUUAAAGUCAUAUGUAUAUUUUUGGUUAAUAAGCAAAAUAAGCCUCUACCAUUAUUACAUUUCUUUUUAUACAAAAGCAAAUCCAGCAUUCAUGUUUCAAACUCCAAAUUGGGAAAUAUUUUUAUACUGUCUUGUGUAUUUUGUUUAAAUAAAAAUUCUGGAUAUUACUUUAUUUUACAGACCACAAAAUAACCAUAUAAUGCUUUAUACUUAGAUUUUAACUGUUUUUCCUUUUUGAUUAGAUAGAAUCCAAAUAGACAAUCCUCAGUCUUUACUGACUGUUUUUAAAGUAUCCAGUAAAAAUGUUCACCUUUGUUUGAAAACCAGUUUUUGUUCCUUAAGUACCAUACACUCAUAAUACAAUUAGAUGGUUAUUUCUUCUUUCUAAAGUAAAGGAGUGUUUAAUGUUUGUUCAGCUGAAUAAUAGGCAGUAUAAUUACCUGUUCAGCUGCAGGAACAUGUAUUUCUAAUAUUUGCCAUGUAAGUGCAAAUAAUUAUGGUUGUAUGGAGCAUGUGAAAUCUAGUGAUUCUAAGUAUUCAGAGGUUUAAAAUGUCUAGAUUCAAGAGGAUAAUUUUAAAAUCAUUAGAAGGGUGUAUUAUUUUAUAUCUUUAUCCAGGGUAAACGCAGUAUGGACAUGAAUACAAGGAGAAGUUCUGUAUAGUAUUUGCAUUACUGUAGUACAGUUGACUUUUUGGGUUUUUUUCUUUUUCAUUUGAGUGUCUGGGUCUGCAGUCAUUCCUCAUGCAGAAUUCCUUUUGGCUUCGUGGAGAGUUAUAUUAAUGAAAAGGCAGCAAAACCAGGGAGGUACUUUCUUCUGUUGUAGUAUCAGUAUUUUGUAAAUGAAGAAUGAUCUUUCCCAUACAAGUUAGUUUAGAUUUGGUUAAAAUUAUUUUGCAGCUCUUUGCAAGUGGAACUCAAAAUUAGAUUCUGUAUUUUAAAGUAGGUUGUGUGUUCCUGUUGCAGUAGUUAUUCCAGGAAAACACAAAGUUGAAGAUACAGUGAAUAAAAAAAACCCUGCAUUUUUGUUUCAUUGGUGAAAAAAAGCCUUCAGCAUGUUCAAAUAUCCUUUUUGUUUAUGAUUGUCUAAAGACCAACUGUUGCUUUGUACUUGUAGUAUUACACUAGAAAAUACAAGGAUGCGAGAGCUUUUUAAAUGACCAAACUGAAAUUCUUAUAAAUUAAAUUAUAGAACAUACAUUCCCAGUCCUAUAUAGUGUCUCAGGCAUAGUUCUGUAACCGUGGUAGUAUUGUGUAUUGGAUUUGUUAUUGAUGUUUCCAGCAGGCAACUCAGCAUACUGAUGUGAAAAGCUGGGUUUUUUUCUUGUAUUCAAAGGCAAAGUAAGCUCAAACCCCAGUACCAUGGGUUAGGAAAGGCUUCAGACUGAAAGCCAUACACGCCUCUAAAUAUUCAGGUUCUAGACAGAGCUCAUUCCUGACAGAUGCUAUCCUAGAGUGCUAGAAGUUGCUUAGCAUCGGUAGAGAGAGAUGCUGCUGCAGAAACUAUUGUAAAGAAAACAAGUGACAGACUCCAUCACCUUUAAGAUUUAUCACUAUACAGUGAUAAAGAAUGGCUAUGAAGGAAGGUUGGAAGUCUACCCACAUCAAUUCUUGUGCAGUGGUUUUGUAAAUUGUUAGGGAAAGAAUGAAUGAGAGAAUAAAUAUCAAAACUAUGAUGGAAUUAAUAUCUGUUCAGACAUAAAAUGUUAACAUCGUCAUUUAAAUAAAUACUGCUACUAGGUUUUACACAACCAGAGCUACUUUAUGAUUGUAAUCUUGCCAAACUAUAAUGGAUAUAAAAAUGAACCUGGGGUAUAUGCAAUAAUAUCCACUUGUACUAGUUAUCAGCUACUAUAACCAAGUGGCUGGCUCAUUUGGUUAAUGCUGUCUAUGGCCUUUACUCUUGGUGUGGUUAUUUUGUGUUUUUUUAUUUUGCAAAAAAGUCAAUAAAAUUGUUUAGCUAUAAAA